UUCGUUAGCUUAGGUUUUUAUAUACCUGCAGCUCUCUCCGCACCAAGCCCUGGGGUUUUAGCCCUUUCUUCUUCCUUCCCUCUCUCAGCUACGCUCUCUGCAACCACUAGAUCUCCGAUCAGGUAAAUCUCCACCGUCCAUUUGCUCCUCUUUCCCCUUUCAACACUGAUGCUCGCGAUCCUCUAUCUCAUUAGGUUCCAAUCGAAUUUCCGUUAGAAAUUCGAAAAUCCCUUGGCCAAAACUCCAUCUUCUUCCUUCAUCCAUUUUCUUUCUCUACACAAUUUAUAUUUCCAUUUCUACCCUCUCUCGCUUACAAAAAUUACACUGCAUGUACCAUUUGCCUGUUAUUUCUGGAAUUCACGGAUAUUGCUGAGCAAAACGAGCGUCUCUGUGCAGUUUAUGGCAGGGUAUCGGUGCAAUCAAGGGUAGAGCUGUUGUCGUUGUUGGUGGUGGGAUUGGGAUUGGGAUUGGUAUGCAUAGUGGGAAGAAAUCAGGGCAAGGAGGGGAUGGAGGGGCGGAGGCAAGGCCGCUGCGCACCAGCGAUAGGCUGCGGAGGCGGCCAAAGAUUUACGGGCGGGCGUACUUGUAUUACAACACCAACAUCAUUCGCACCAGGAAAGGGAAGGGCAAGAGCAAGACCAGGACCGCCGCGUCUCAGAUCGCCAAGAUGUUGUGCGUGCGCACGCCCAACAACGAUUCUGUCGCAACCAACCUUCGGCGUUCUACAAGAAAGAGAAGGGUUUCGGUAAAUCUUGAAGAUUACACAGAUAGUUCUGGAACAGAGGACGAAGACUUAAUGAGACCUGCCUAUCGACCUUUGAGGAACCAGGUUGCCAACAGUGCAAGUCAUGAUGAGUUAUCUCCAAAGCGUAGGAAGAUCGUGGAGACUAAACCAACACCUCGGCGUGAAGGACUUCGACCUCGUCGUUCGAAAGCAGUUGCAAGACAACGAUUAAGUUUAGAGUCUGAUGAUGAGCAAGGUACUUCAGUAGAGAAGGCUGGUCAAGAUGACAUGGUAAAUGGAAAUGAUGUUGACUACAAUGAUGUAGAUGAUGGUCAAAACGAUGGUGAGGCUGAAGAUGAGGGCGAGGGCGAAGAUGAAGGAGAGGAAGAUGGUGAUGAUGAAGAGGGUGAAGAAGAACAAGAGGGAAGGAGGCGAUAUGAUCUUCGAAAUCGUGCAGAUGUCCGAAGGAUGUCUAUGGAAGAAGGUAAGCCAAGACCAAGAUCUCCUCGAAGAGUAUUACACCAAGGAAUGGGGACUAAGGUUGGUAGGGAUGUAAGGAAGGGUGGAUCAAGAGUUCAUAAGCGUCAUCGUUUAACGAGAGCUGAAGAUUCUGAUGAUUCUCUUCUCGUGGAUGAGCUGGACCAAGGCCCUGCGAUUCCCUGGGGGCGAGGUGGGAGCAGAUCUGGAGCACCUUGGCUUUUUGGGGGACUGGAUAUGCAUGGGACAACAGCAUGGGGAUUGAAUGUUGCUGCAUCUGGUUGGGGCCAUCAGGGUGAUACUUUUGCUACCUUGACUUCUGGAAUUCAAACUGCUGGGCCCAGCUCUAAGGGUGGGGCAGACAUUCAGCCUUUACAGGUUGAUGAGAGUGUUAGUUUUGAUGAUAUAGGUGGCCUUUCUCAAUAUAUUGAUGCUUUGAAGGAAAUGGUUUUCUUUCCCUUAUUAUAUCCAGAUUUCUUUGCAAGUUACCACAUUACCCCACCAAGAGGGGUAUUGUUAUGUGGUCCCCCUGGUACUGGGAAAACAUUAAUUGCCAGAGCAUUAGCCUGUGCUGCAUCAAAGGCUGGUCAGAAAGUCAGUUUUUACAUGCGUAAGGGAGCUGAUGUACUAAGCAAAUGGGUUGGUGAGGCUGAAAGACAGCUGAAACUACUUUUUGAGGAAGCACAAAGGAAUCAGCCUUCCAUCAUUUUUUUCGAUGAAAUAGAUGGACUUGCUCCAGUGAGGUCUAGUAAACAAGAGCAAAUUCAUAAUUCUAUUGUGUCCACGUUGCUUGCUUUGAUGGAUGGGCUUGAUUCUCGUGGACAAGUUGUUUUAAUUGGAGCAACCAACAGGAUUGAUGCCAUCGAUGGGGCCCUGCGACGCCCCGGUCGAUUUGAUCGUGAAUUUAACUUUCCUUUGCCUGGUUCUGAGGCACGAGCUGAAAUAUUAGACAUUCACACUCGCAAAUGGAAGCAUCCUCCUUCAAAGGAACUAAAAUUGGAACUUGCAGCUAGUUGUGUGGGCUACUGUGGUGCUGAUUUAAAAGCUUUAUGUACUGAAGCUGCCAUUCGUGCUUUUCGUGAAAAAUACCCUCAGGUUUACACAAGCGACGACAAAUUUCUGAUAGAUGUUGAUUCAGUAAGGGUUGAGAAGUAUCACUUUGUUGAAGCCAUGUCAACAAUUACUCCGGCUGCUCAUCGAGGAGCUGUUGUGCACUCUAGGCCGCUGUCUUCAGUAGUUGCACCAUGUCUACAAAGACAUCUCCAGAAAGCUAUGAAUACUAUAUCAGAUAUAUUUCUUCCGGUUGCCGUUUCAUCAGAGUUGACCAAGCUUUCUAUGCUUUCAUAUGGUUCUGCAAUUCCUCUUGUCUAUAGGCCUCGGCUUCUGCUUUAUGGUGGUGAAGGUACUGGGCUGGAUCAUAUUGGGCCUGCAAUUUUACAUGAGCUGGAGAAAUUUCCUGUUCAUUCGCUAGGGCUUCCAUCUCUUCUUUCAGAUCCCAGUGCAAAGACAACGGAGGAGGCACUGGUACAUAUAUUUGGUGAAGCAAGGAGAACCACGCCGUCAAUACUGUAUUUACCUCAGUUCAACCUUUGGUGGGAGACUGCACAUGAGCAGCUCAGGGCUGUUCUGCAGACUUUGCUGGAAGAGUUGCCUUCUGACUUGCCUAUAUUAUUACUUGGAACAUCCACGCUUCCACUUGCUGAAAUUGAAGACGUGCCCACUUCAGUAUUUUCUGCCCGUUCUGUCUACCAAGUCAGUGAACCAUCUACUGGAGACAGGUCAUUAUUUUUCAACCAAUUAAUUGAAGCUGCUUUGUCCGUCUUGUUGGAGAGCAUGACAGAAAAAUCCCAUGAAUCAGUCUCCCUUCCUGAACUUCCCAAGGCACCGAAAGUGGCUAGUGGUCCAAAGGCGUCCGAGUUAAAAGCCAAGGUAGAAGCUGAGCAGCAUGCCCUUCGCCGAUUGCGGAUGUGCCUUAGAGAUAUUUGCAACCGGAUUUUAUAUGAUAAACGGUUUGGUGCGUUCCAUUACCCAGUUUCGGAUGAGGAUGCUCCAAACUAUCGUUCAAUCAUUCAGAACCCCAUGGACAUGGCUACUCUGCUACAGCGUGUUGAUUCUGGGCAGUAUAUUACAUGUUCAACAUUUCUGCAAGAUGUAGAUCUCAUUGUCUCCAAUGCGAAGGCUUAUAAUGGAGAUGAUUACAAUGGCGCUAGGAUUGUUAGUAGAGCUUAUGAACUUCGAGAUGCAGUGCAAGGGAUGCUAUCACAGAUGGACCCUGCGCUGGUUGCAUACUGUGACAAGAUUGCUGCUCAAGGUGGUCCUGUGCAUACGCUAGAUGAUUUGGGUGGGUCUACUUUCCCAUCUACCCCUGUGGUGCAACUGGGAACUACUACUACCAGAGCAAGUGCUCGACUUCGUAAUGUCCAGCCAGAGGUUAAUCUGGAUCAAAGCUAUGAGGCACUGAAAAGGCCAAAGAAGAAUGCCGAUGCUGCACAUGCAGGUUCAAUUGCAGAAGAUAAGUCACGGUAUCAAGAUUCAGUUGUGGCAAAGUCAUCCCAGGAACAGGAGACAAAUGACACAAAUCCAGAAAGGCCAGAAACGUCUUGCGGUGAUGGUGAUGGUGAUCGGCCCGAAACUUGUGGAGAGCCUUCUGGUCAUGCUGAUGGGAGUGGACCCGAAGAUGUUACCAUGUGUGAUAUUGACAUUUCAGGCCAAACAGAGUCUGUCAGGCGGCUUUUUGUGGAGCGUACUGCAACCUACAACAUUCCGCAGCUUGAAAGGCUUUACACACGUAUAAUGAAGGGCGUUUUUGAAACGAAAGACAAAGUAAAAGAUGAUCUUAGGCCUUCAAUUUUGACGUAUUUGGAGAAAUUUGCCGAGGAUGAGGCUAAUUUCUGAUUCAAUGACCUUUUUGCUUUAACAGAACAAAAAAAAAAAUCCAAAAAAAAAAAAAAAAGGGGGUUAGCCGUCAAUGUAAAGUCGGGAUUUUCUUUUCAAUGCUGAAGUAUUGAGUGAAAGCAAUCUCUCCUCUCUCUCUCUCUCUCUCUCCCUCUCUCUCUCUCAAUUUUCUUUUCAAUGCGGAAGUAUUGAACAUCCUUCAACUAAGCUUAAGAAUCUGUUGGAUGAUUUUAAUUACUUAUAUGAUGUUCAAAGGAGAUAUUGAACAUAUA